UAAUGUAGGCAAGACAUCAAUAUUCAAAUUAUAUAUGCAUCAUAAGGUUGACCUCAAGACUAUCUCCACAAUUGGUGUCGAGACAAGAGAGAAUAUCGUAUACACCAAAGAUUCAGAUGAAAAAGUGCUGCUAUACGUGCAUGACACAGCUGGUAGUGAACGAUUUAAGUCUGUAACAUGUCAGUUUUAUAAAGAGACUGACAUUGCUUGUCUUGUUUACGAUGUUACUGAUCAAGAUUCAUUCUACCACAUUGGAGAAUGGAAGAGAGAGAUAGAAAAUAAUGCAGGUGAUAGAAGAAUCCAGAUGAUUCUAAUUGCUAAUAAAUGUGAUAAGACUAACGAACAGUGGAGAAUCUCACCAUCAGAAGGCAGGGAGUAUGCUGAACAAAAUAACAUGAAGUUUAUUGAAAUGUCUGCACAUUAUAAGGAAGAUUUUGAAAAGAUUGAUGACAUUUUUAAAGAGGUUGUGGGCAAAGUGAUAGCAGAAGGAGGAGGAACCAGAACCAAUAGUAGUAGUGUAACGCUACAUCAGGGUAAUGCUACAGAUCAAGAAAGGAGUUCCUGCUUGAAGUGUUAAUUGAUUUCAAUGACUGAUGCAAGAGGAUGAGCCAAACUUUUGGUCUGCUGCUCAAGUUUUAAAAUGUUGCAUUUUAUAUUAAUAUGCAGUGUGUUU